GUGACAUUUUAACGUCAAACAACGACGAAAUUUCUCUUGAUUUUUCUGUUUGCGAAAAAGAACAAAUUAUUUUCAAGUGGAAACAAACGUAAAUAACAAAAGAAUAAUUAAUUAUUUUUAUGGCCGCCAUGUGUAAACAAAAAGAACUUCAAAAGAUGAAUCGUAAAAUUAAGUAAUUGGUGCUACAGAAAAGAGUGAGAGAAUAGAGGAAAGACAACAAAAAUUGACAGUAUUGACUAUUGUUAGAAUUCCAGAAGAAACGACAUAACAAAAAAGAAAAAAAAAAAAAACAAGAAGAAAAGUUUGUUUUGUGAUUUUUUCGGAGGAAAACAAAAUUUUAUUGACUGGCAAACAAUUUAACGCAAUAUCUAGUGCACCUGUGUCCGCACGCCCCCACUCUGCCGCCGCAAGGACAACAAAAGUGAGAGUAGCACGCAGCAGCGUUUAGGCGUUCGGACCAAAACUUUCAACAUCGAAAUGAGUGGAAAAGUACGUUUAAAGUCGAGUGGCGCCUUGGAUGAAGACCCCUUAACUCUCCAGGACAUCGUUUACCAAUAUAUUUGUAAACAUCUGGAUGUCAUCAGUUGUCCCGACGAAAGCAUUGCCGAUGAAGAUGAGGAGGAUGCCGACAAAAGAUAUUGUUUGCGCAGUGGUGUCGUACUACCCAAUAUAAUAUGCGAUCGCCUCAUUGAUACCUAUCAGAAACAGUACUAUCAAAAGUUCGGUGAUAAUUUCAUAAAUUUAUUCCGGGACACAAAUAGAACAUCACUCAAAGUUGUACAUCUGCGUAAUAGUAAUUUAACAAAUUAUGGACUUGAAAUACUCAUGCGCCACAAAUUAUACUCGCUUUCCAUGUGGUAUUGUGAUAAGGUUACCGUUCAAUCUCAUGAAUUACUGGCACAACACGGAGAAAGUUUACGUUCUCUAGAACUGGGUAUUGGAUCACAUAUGCUACAGAAUGCCGAGCCCAAUGAAAAGGAACCUGUAGACUUCCAGUUCAAUUGUCCACACCUGCGACGCUUGGUAUUGAAUGCCGUUGUUCUACAUCAACGUCUAACAUUUGCCCAUUUAACGGAUUUGACACAUUUGGACUUGACAUCGUGUAUUUUAGCCAGUUUCAGUCUGCAGGCAUUGUCCACCCUACCCAAACUUCACACAUUGAUUCUUUUUAAUGUGUGGCCCAUUGCGAAUCAGUUACAUGCGAUUUGUUCGCUAAGCCGUCUUCGUACACUGGAUAUAUCAAUUUCAGGCUCUAAUAAUGGUCAUGGCACAUAUGAUUUACCCGAUCAGAAAUUGGAAAUGCUUAUGGAACAUUUACCGGAUCUAACACAUUUGGAUAUAUCUGGUACAAAUUUGGCAGGCAAUGGUGUGGCAACAAAAGAAUCUUGUUACAAAGCAAACACAGAUAUACCGGGUUUGGCGUCACGAACACAAAGGCCCCUACAAUUUCUGGGUUUAUAUCACACAGCACAUUGGGCCUGCAAACGACACGAUAUACCAGCGAAUGAGAUUGCCGGCGAUGCAAAUGAACAACAGAUCUUAACUGCAGCUAGAUAUUAUUAUGACAGACCGGUACUUUUAACGAGGGUUCUCAACGAUCUUUAUCAUCUGUUUCGUUUUGAAAACUGCAAAGACAUACACACAGCCUUGGAUGUUGUUCUCACAGCUAUGGACAGACAUUUGAAAUUUAAGCACAUGCAGAUAUCUGGAAGUGCAACAUUGUUUUAUAUUGUGAAAGGACGUGACCGCUCGAAAUUUGGCACACCACUGAGGAAUCACAUUAUACGAACAUUGCUCAAUGGAAUGGAGGUGCACUUAAACGAUGAUACAAUGCUACGAAAUGGAUACCUAACAUUGACGCAAUUUCAAAUGCCUAACGAUGUGUUAUUUGAAUAUGAACGUCUCAUCAAAAUAUUGUUGCAUGGAGUGUCGAAAACGGAACAGGAGGGAUUUGUACAAAGGAUAGCUAUAUAUCUAUUGAAUACGCUGGCUUGCCAAGUUGAUGGACGACAAAAGUUGUUUUUGGGUGAACUCGGAGUUGUUAAGACUAUGUUAAGUUUAAUUAAAGAUCGUUUAACACGUUCGGUAUUGGAUGAUGUUAUGGAGGUGGCAUGGUCAACCAUGUGGAAUGUAACUGAUGAGACUGCUAUUAAUUGUAAGAGAUUUUUAGACGGCCGUGGUAUGGAGUAUUUUCUGCGAUGUUUGAAUACAUUUAGAGAACGUGAUGAGCUAUUGAGAAACAUGAUGGGCUUAUUGGGUAAUGUUGCAGAAGUUAAAUGGUUGAGGCCGAAAUUGAUGACACAAAAGUUCAUUGAAGUUUUUGCCGAACUGUUAUCAUCGGAAAGCGAUGGAAUUGAGGUAAGUUAUAAUGCAGCUGGUGUGCUGGCACAUAUAGCUUCAGAUGGCCCGGAAGCGUGGACAAUUAAAGAGCCAUCACGUGAUGAAGUAUUAGCAAAUAUGGUCAAAGCUAUUGUUCGAUGGGACAUAAAAAGUGAUCGCAAUAUAAACUAUCGUAGUUUUGAACCCAUUUUGGGUUUGGUGCGUUGCUAUGAAACUCCACAAUGCCAACAUUGGGCAGUAUGGGCUUUGGCAAAUCUUACACAGGUUUAUCCCGACAAAUAUUGCCAACUGGUGGAGCAAGAGAAUGGCAUAGAGAUUCUUACGGAAUUAAUUAACCAUCCGAAACCAUAUGAGGACAUCAAGAGAAUAGCGCGCAUGGUAAUCGAUCAAUGCAAUCGAUGUCCCCGUCCCAUGCUCGAAGGUUAAGUUAUUUCCUGUACCUCUCCCCCUCCCUUCCCAGUUGUAUCUCUCUCUUCUAUAUGUAUGUGUAUUUUUAGAAAGCACUUUCAGUGAGCGUGUUUAAGUGAGUGAGUGAUUAUUAUUGAUUGUAGAAAUUAGAAUAAAACUAAAUAUGCGUUUCGCAGAACGUAGAACAUAAAAUGCAGAAUACAAGUAAACAAUUUAACAUGUUUUAAGCAUAUACCGUUCUUUUACUGCUACUGAAUUUAAAGUGAUUUCAUUCAUUGUCGCCAUCUGGAUUUGCAAAAUAACACGAAGUUUUUGUUGUUGAGAAGGAGAAAGCGAAGAGAAGUAACUACAACAACUUGAAACUCGACGAGGAAUACUGCUUUUGCUUUUGUAUGACAUCUGGCAGUUAAUAUGAAAUCAACCGCCACAGGCAUAUUGUGGAAAUCCCAGCCAUAGGGAAACGAUAUUUUCCUACUGUUAUCCGAUGCUUUAUUGUUUAAAUCCUGGCUUCUUCCACAAAAAGUUGUUCUUUUUAAAUUAACCUGCGAUGAAUAAAAGAAAAAUACAUAGAUUUAUAAUAAAUUAUUAAAUUUACGCGUAAUAUUUAUCUUUGACUUGAAAUAUAAACAAAAUGAAAAAACCCAUAUUCGUAAAAAAAACUAUGAUAACUAAAAAGAUAUAAAUAGAAAACCAACAAACACAUCUCCCAUGGCCCCUGUUUACAUCCAUCCCAUAAUCCCAUAAUUAUGUAUAUAUUAAGUUAUAUAAAAAAAGAAAUGUUAUUAAAAAUAAACAAACAACUAAAAAAAAUCAA